GUACAUGGCGGUGACACAGUUCUCCCCCACCCACGCCAGAAAGGCCUUUCCGUGUUUUGAUGAGCCCAUCUACAAGGCCACGUUCCGGGUCAGCCUGGGACACGAUGCGUCCUACCUCUCUCUCUCCAACAUGCCUGUAGAGGCCUCCAUCUCUGAUGAUGAUGGCUGGGUGACCAACCACUUCUCCAGGACUCCUCGUAUGUCCACCUACUACCUGGCCUGGGCCGUCUGUAACUUUACCUACAGAGAGGUGACCACUGACAGUGGAGUGGUGAUCCGGCUGUAUGCCAGGCCCAACGCCAUCCAGAGCGGAGCGGGUGACUACGCUCUCCACAUCACAAAGAGACUCCUCCAGUUCUAUGAGGAUUACUUCAAAGUCAAAUACUCCCUGCCCAAAUUAGGUGAGACACGUGGGACCCGGGGCUAACCUAACUCUGUACUGUUCUGU